AUGACGGAUGAGCCCGGGAUUCGGCAACCCGCCAAAGCGAUCCGAUUCGAUUACACGCGAUUCAUCGAGGUUCGACAUUGUCUUCGCCCGACACCAAAUUGGUGCAAUUGGUGCAUUUUGUUGUUGUUGUUGCAGGCGCAUUCGCGGAGCACGAGCGCGAACGGCAAAAAUGGGGCGGCGAGUGGCUCGCGUGGUGCCCAAUCGGCGCCGCCGCAACAACAAUCGGGCCGCGAAUAUCGGAUGAUGAAACGAACGCCGGCGCAGAUUUAUUAUUGCAAAUUGUGCAACAAAAGUAUCAAGUAUCCGUCGAAAAUAAGCGAGCAUAUUAGGAAACACACGGGUGAGCGCCCAUUCACGUGCUCAUUUUGCGGACAGGGCUUCACCCAAGCGCACACACUCAAAAGCCAUUUGAUGGCUCACACAAAAGAGAAGGCGUUCAAAUGCGCCUAUUGUAGUUUAUCGUUCAAAACGGUUCAGCUGAGAUCCGAACAUGAGAAGACACAUUUCGAUGACGACGAAACGGCCGCGCAUGAGGUGUUCGAGGAAAGUGCGAACGAUGCGCCAUCGACGAGUACCGCGCGUCUUUUCAGCAUUUUCGAAUGCCCGCUGAAUUGUGGGUUUCAAAGCGAUGAGAAUUCGGUCCUUUGCCAUAUUGCUGAAUGCCAUGAGAACGUCUGCUGGGAGGAUGAAGUGGCGCAAGAAUCGAUUGAAGCGUCGCCGAAUGAGGAAUGGCAGGAUCUUGAGACGAAACUGUUCGGGAAUUCGGCCACACCCACCCAAUAUAAGAAGGAAUUCGAAUGCGACGAAGCGAUGUUCAACGAGUUCGAGUAUUUCGAGGAGCCGAGCGAUGAGUUCGUCGCGCCGCCGUCGUCGACGGCGACAGCGAUCAUCAAAAAGCCCACGGUGUUCUUCGACAAGGAGAUGAGAGAGGGAUUCGUCGAGGGUGAGCGCGAGGAGCGCGACGAAUCCGCGCAGCCGUUGGCACAAGUUGAGAUACCCGUCAACGAAGAACUAAUCGAUGAAAUAAUAUAUGAAGAAGGGAUUCCCGGCGAAAUUGUCGAAGAAAUGGAAUGCAUCGCCGAAGAGGACGUUGCGACGACGUCGGCGGAAUCCAACUUCGAAUCGGAACACCAUUUUGGACAAAUCAUUGUCGAUGAUGGAGUUCAAGUUGUUGGUGAUGAAGGUGAUGAGCACGUUCGGAUACUUGUCAAUCCUUUGCCGCCGAAACGCGGAACUAAAAAGAAUGCGGGAUGGGAAGAAGAGGGCGCCGUCCUUCAAGAAAUGGUCGUCGACGCAUCGACACUCGAAAUGGCGGCGCCGGUACGCCAUUUGCGGCAAGGCUUCUCGUUGUCGUCGAAAAAGCGAAAACCGACGAAAUCGGCGCGCAAUUUGGAUUGGAUCAUCGACGCGGUCGCGCGCGGCAUCGACGUGAACGCGGCGAGUCCGCAUCAUCGAAAAAAGCCGACGGUUCACACGUGCCAAUUUUGCGGCAAAGUCGACAAGUAUCCGAGCAAAAUUCAGGCGCAUAUGCGGACUCAUACUGGCGAGAAGCCGUUCAAAUGCGAGAUUUGCGGAAUGGCGUUCGCCCAGCGGACGCCGCUUCGUCUACACCUCCGACGACAUUUUGAUCAGAAGCCAUACGAAUGCCUAAUGGAGGGAUGCAACGAGCGAUUCGUGUCGGGAACCCUGCUCAAGAAUCACGUUGAACGCAAACAUAUGAAUAAGAAGAAGUACGCUUGUAUACGCGGCUGCGGUCGCGUGUUCUCCAGCGCCCACAAUCAGCGAUAUCACGAAGCGAAGUGUAUGGAGGGACGCGUCGUCAAUAUCAACUAUGAUGAGUCGAAUGAUUCGGAGGAAGGAGAGGACUAUUUUGAGGAUGAGGAGGAAGAAGAGGACGAUGAAUAUUUGAUGCGCUCGUUGUUGGUCCUUCUCAUCGCUUCGUCGGUCGCCUUCGCCGCCAUCGUGCCGCCGAUGCAGGCGAGCCUCGAAUGCAUCACGUGCGUCGCCACCGUCAAAGGUGUCGAGGCGAAGGUCUUCAACGAGGGAGACGAGAUCGGCGAGAAGGAAGUGAAGGCGAUCUGCCACGAUGUUGCUCCGGUGCCAGCCGCCGAGAAAUACUGCGAGUCGUACGGCGACAAAGAGGUCGAAUUGAUCAUCUCCGAUCUCAAGAAGGACGUCCCACCAAAGGACAUCUGCAAGAAGAUGCACAAAUGCUGA